AAACUUCUUCGAAGGGUGACAGUUUUCACAUUUCGGUCAAAUAUCUCGCACACGUCAAUGACGCUCUUCACUCCAAAAUACUCCACCGUUAAUAACUCCGUCAUCAUCUCCCCAUUCAAAACACUGUCACGUGUUCCCACCGUUUAAUCUAACACCGUUAACACUCACCUACAAAACCACGUUAUAUAAACAAAACUUUUUUCUUCAUCUUCCUUCUCUCAUUAAACUUCAGAUCCUUUCACCAGCAACACAAGUUCUUUCAAAAGAUGAUGCCAAAUUCUAGAUCGGCGACUAUAACUCCGACGACAGAAUCAACCACCACAACAACAACGACUCCGGCGACGUCGUAUUGGUGUUACAGUUGUACACGAUUCAUCAGCGUUUGGGAUGAUCAUGACGCAAACGCUGGAGUCUUAUGUCCUUAUUGCGACGGAGGCUUCAUCGAAGAGAUUGAAGAUUCUUCUAAUUCUCCCGCCGCAGCGAUUCCGGUUACGGCUCCGGAAGUUAGAUCGGUUGAAGAUAUUCAUAGAUCUGUAAUUAGACGGCGUAGAUCCGGUCGUCGUACAUCGUUUAAUCCGGUAAUCGUCUUGCACGGAGGAGGAGGAGGAGGAGGAGAUAGAGUUGAGAACGAAGAAGGAGACGGAGCUACUAGAGAACGACGAGCUUAUGAGUUUUAUUACGAUGAUGGAUCUGGUUCUGGUCUAAGACCUCUUCCUGAUUCUGUAUCUGAGAUCUUAAUGGGAUCUGGAUUUGAACGUUUACUUGAACAAUUGAGUCAGAUCGAAGCGUCAGGUAACGGAAUCGGUAGAUCUGGUAAUCCACCGGCGUCGAAAUCAGCGAUUGAAUCUUUAGCUAGAAUCGAGAUCUCAGAUUGUCACAUGAAAGCAGAAGCUAAUUGCGCCGUGUGUACGGAAGUUUUCGAAGCCGGAAUCGAAGGUCGUGAGAUGCCGUGUAAACAUAUAUUUCACGGCGAUUGUAUUGUUCCAUGGCUUUCGAUUCGGAAUUCGUGUCCUGUGUGUAGAUUUGAAUUACCUUCAGAUCCAAUUCAAAGGAGUAAUGAAGAAGAACAUGCCGUUGGGAUGACGAUUUGGAGAUUACCUGGUGGUGGUUUCGCUGUUGGGAGGUUUAACGCGGGGGUGAGAGAAGGAGAGAGGAUUUUACCGGUGGUUUUGACGGAGAUGGAUGGUGGUGGACUUGGUAGUAAUGAAGGACCGAGAAGGAUUUCUUGGGUUAGAGCUCAUGAGACACCGGAGAUGAGUAGGAAUGGUGGUCGUUCUGGUAAUGGAGGUAGAUUGAGAAGAGCUGUUCGUGGAAUGGUUUCGUUUAUGAGAAGAGUGAGACCAAAUCGUGGCUCUUCGAAUUCGAAUUCGAAUCUUAUUGAUUUGGAUAGUGAUGGUGAAGCUAGAGUUAUGAAUCGAUCGACUUCGUUGAUCAGAAGAUUUUUCUGAUGGAAACUGGAGAAUCAGGUUAGGUGAUAAAAAGGUUUGAGAUUUUUUUGUUUGUUGAUUCAACAAUGUGUAUAUAUUUAUUCAGAUGAAACUAUUUGGAACCUCUUUGUUACAUCAAAUUUAUUGGAAACCAAAUGUCAAAUACAUUAUUCUUAAAACAUUUUUAUUGGAUUUUGAGAAAGUGAAAGGAUGUGUUUAUUUGUG